ACAGAAGUCCAUACAAGCAGUGACUCCAGAGAAGGGACGGCCCUCCUUGAGUCCCAGACGACAAUCUGGUGCCCUGUGUUCAUGUUCCACCUGUGUCCAGGAACAGCAAGAGCUUUCACGUUAUUGACACCAGAUGAAGAUCAGUUCUGACAACUUGUGAUAGUUCCAUUACAAAACGCAGAGUGUAAACAAUGUGCCAGAGGAUUCUUCAAAUGUUCAGCAGCACUGGAGAAGAUAAACCAGGAUGGUAACACACUGUUCGUAACCAGCUUCAGUUCGAUAAAGGCCACAGCAACCCAACUCUCUUCUCCUGAACACUGACAACCAUUUCCCAGCCAUGUCUAACAUAAACAAUGCUCUUUGCAUUGAAAACGGACAGAACGCAGAUGUGUCUCUCUUACAAAAGGAUAAUCUUCAGGAUGGUGGAUUAAGCCAGCUUUUGGAUUAUAACGCCGAAAUGGAAAGGUACCGGUCUUUUGCAAACUUUUAUAAAACCAAUGGGGCAUUUCCACAGACUGCUAAGAUUGCCCGCAUCACAACACCCAUUUUUCCCAGUGCUAGAAUUGGCAUGUCCCCUUGGAACUGCGAUAACGCCAUGCUCUGGGGAAGGAAAUCAGCAGCAAUAAACCCUAAUAGGACCAGCAUGCAUAGAAAUGACUCCCAGAGGCCGGGGAAGCCUGGCGUACCGCCAGAGACGCUGCAAAUGGCAAAUAAUAAUUUCCUCUCUACCUUAUCCCCUGAACACUGCAGACCUUUAGCAGGAGAAUGCAUGAACAAGCUGAAAUGCGGCGCUGCUGAAGCAGAGAUAAUGAAUCUCCCAGAACGCGUUGGAACUUUUUCCGCUAUCCCGGCUUUAGGGGGCAUCUCAUUACCUCCCGGGGUCAUCGUCAUGACAGCCCUUCACUCCCCCGCAGCCUCAGCAGCCGUUACAGACAGUGCGUUUCAAAUUGCCAAUCUGGCAGACUGCCCACAGAAUAAUUCCUCGGUAUCCAGUGGAAACCCAGCGAAGAAGAAAAGGAAAAGGUGUGGGGUCUGUGCACCCUGCAGGCGGCUAAUCAACUGUGGUGUCUGCAGCAGUUGUCGGAACCGCAAAACAGGCCACCAGAUCUGCAAAUUUAGGAAAUGCGAGGAGCUGAAGAAGAAGCCAGGCUCGUCGCUGGAGAGGACGCCGAUCAACAACGGCGAAGCUUUCCGGUGGUUCUUUUAGAGAGGCGAACCAUGGCCGCCCCAUCCAACAGCAGGAGGGCAGGUGGAACUCUUGACUCUCUGCCAGGAGCACUUGAUGGGUUCACAGAACCCAGCGUGCCCAAUACAUUUGUGGAAGACGAGAGAAGAAAAGUGGACAGACAAAAAGAUAAAUGAAAACAUAAUGGUGUUGUUUUAACUCUGUAAUUUCCUUUUCUGUGUAAUUAUUGUACCUUUUGACAGUAUCAUAAUGUAUAUUUUUGGUGUCUAUGAACGUGUUUUCAGUGUUGUGGCUGUAGGUUUACAGCCAAUCCUAUGUAAAGGACUCAAACAGACAAUCAUACAAUCAUUCUGAAUCCGUCAAACAGAAGAGGCCACAAGGAUUGAUGAUAUAACAAACACAACACACUUUACUCUGGAGCAAUAAUCUAUUCUGUUGAUUAUUCUUCAACCUUUCAUUUCUGUUGACUCUUGAAUUGUUUUCUCAAAAUUAAUCAUCUUCUAGUUUUGUCUAUUAUUUCAUUUGAAAACCAAAUUUUUAAAUGCCACACUAAUAAUAAGACCAUCGCCAGCAGUGUGAUGUGUCUCGUUGAGAACGUUGACUUGAAGGAUGGCAGCAGUGCUUCUGUUUCUGUGUUUUCUCAUUCCAGUGGACUCACUGCAGAACAGGGCACAUUGUCUUGUGUAGUGAGUUGCACUUCUUCAAAAUCGAAUUGGACGUCAUUUGAUUGUGACCACAGUGUUUUGACCUCCUGACUGGAAGUCAUAUUCUCAAAGAUGAUUUAAGUACAUGUUUUUAUCAAAUCCUACAUAGUUCAUCAAACCUUUAUUUCAGUUUGGAUCACUAAUGAUCAUAACUGUCUAAAAGGGAGAGAAAUACCAGUAAAGGAAUUGUGUGUUAUGUUGAAAACAUUAAAAUUUAAAAUGAAUUACAGUACACUAUACAUAUCAGAUGUUGUUCUGGAGCAAAGUGACACUCUGGACUUUUCUCCUGCAGAGUAAACGACAGUCCUUUCUCCUGCAAAGUGACGUUAACACAUUCCAAAAACAUAAUGAUUCAAUAAGUUACUCAUUGUCUUAAACCCUAUUGUUGCAUGUGUAA